AUGGGUCCUUUUUCAAAAGGCCAUCAUUCUAAAAUUACGGUGUCCAUCAUUUUAUUAGGACUUUUGUUCCUUACCAUACUACCAAUAGAAAGCAGUAAAGGAAUUAAUAAUAAUAAUAAUAAUUUAACAAAAUCUCUAAGAGUUAAAAGACAAGUCCAAGGAACAGACACUCAACUUACUGUAGAAUGGGAAGGCAUACAAAGUGGUGAUUAUCCUGAAUCAAGUGUUAGAGGUUUUUUAGUUGAGUUUCGUGCUGAAGAUGAAACUCAAUGGAAUGUUCAUAAAGGUAUCAUUCCCUAUGAAGGUCCUAAUCAUCAAUAUCGUGUAAAGAUACCAUAUUUAUUGGCUGGUGUAACAUAUUUGGUUAGAAUUAAAGUACUUGGAAAAGAUAAUGAAAUUUUAAUUGAAAGUGCUGAGAUAAGAGCACGAAAUGAGGUUGUUAGUAUAAGAUGUGAUUCAGAUAAAGUUACAGCUCCAAGAAAUAUUCGUCUUGAAGAUAUUACACAAUAUAGUAUUGCUGUUUCAUGGGAUGCUCCAGAAUGUGGUAGUAUUGGAGAGUAUUAUAUUGAAGCAAAUGGUGUUGGAGAAAAUGAAUUUGAUGUACAUAGACAAACAGUUACACAACCAUCUGCAAGUAUUGCAAAUUUAUUACCAGGAAGUGAAUAUAUUAUUAGAGUUAAAGCAAUUGAUAGAAAUAGAGUAGAAGGACCAUGGUCUGAAGAUACUUUUGCUAGAGAAACAAGAGGAACACCACCUCCUAAAUAUGAUGGAAUAACAAUAUUAUAUAUAUCAAGUAGUGAUGUACGAAUUUCAUGGCAUCAUCAUGAUGAUGAUAGACUUCAACAUUAUGAAGUUAUAAUAACAGAAUUAUUUGAUGAUGAUUUAAAAAAAAUUGAAAGAUUACGUGUUCCACCAAAUCAGUUAACUUAUCUUUUUACAAAUUUAAAACCUGCAUCAUCAUAUCAUAUUGCUGUUAUUCCUUAUGUUAAUCAUGAACCAAAAAGAAUAUAUUCAACAAAAGUUGAUACAUUAAGUCAUGAUACAGUAAUUGUAUCAAAAAAAAGAGAAGAUAAACCAACAAUUUCAGUUCACGGAAAUCAUCAUAUACGUGUUAAUUGGAAAAAACCAUCAUUUUUAAAUGGAAAUCUUGAUUAUUUUUUGGUUGAGUAUAGAACAACAAAUGACUCAAAAUGGCAAGCUAUUGAUCAUAUAAUAAAAGUAAAUAAUGAAGAUAAUGAAUAUGAAAUUGUUUCAUCAGAUCUUGUUAAUUCAUUUUCAAUACGUAUUAUGUCAAUUGGUAAAGAAAAACAAUUAUUAAGUAGGAGUGUUGAAACAACUGUAUCUGGAAUGAGAAAAGAUGAUUCUAGUUGUAGUGGAGCUAAUGGUACACCACUUGAUUUAAAUUAUGAGAGUGAUGGUUCAUCAUCAGUUACAUUUAUGUGGGCACAACCUAAAUGUGAUGAUGUUGAUAAUAUGUUAGAAGGAUAUGAAUAUGUUUUUUGGAAUCUUGAAGAAGAUGAAGUUCCUGAACAACCUACAUACACUCGACAUAAUCAUGCAUCUUUUCAUAAUCUUAAUCCAAAAUCAACAUAUGGUUUUAGAGUAAGAUCACGUUUUCUUAAUGAUCAAUCACCAUGGUCUUAUAUUCAAGAAAUUGUUCCUGCUUUAUCCCAUGAAGAUAAUAAAUUAGAAGCUGGUGAAAAUAAUAUAUAUAAUCUUCGUUUAAUUCUUGAUCCACCUAGAAAUUAUCUUGUUUGGACACCACUUCCAGAACAUAAAAAUUAUAUUAAAAAUGUAAAAUUAUCAUACAAAGGAACAGAAGAUGAUGAAUGGAAAAAAAUUCUUGUUAAACCAAAUCAAUUAACAUGUCCUAGUAAUAUACAGGCUACAAAAAAUGAUUUUUGUCAUAAUUUGAAUGAUCUUGAUUUUGGAAAACAAUAUACUAGUGAUGUUAUUUAUGAAUUAGAAAAUGGAACAUGGACAAGUCAUGCAUCACCAUUAUAUUUUGUUCUUGUUGAAGCACAAGAAGAAUCACCACAACCAGCUAAACCUAAUUCAGUUGUUGUAUCACAGAAAGAUUCUAAUAAAAUUGAAAUUAGAUGGCUUCCACCAUUAAGUAAUACUACUAUAAAUAAAUAUGAAAUUUCUAUUACUGAUCUUCACACACAUACAGUUCAUAAAGAAACAGUUCCAGGAUCAGCAUUUAUUCAUUCUAUUGAUAUUCCACGCCAUGGAUCUGGAUCAUAUGAUAUAUCAAUAACAGCUAUUACAGAUAGUGGAGUUAAAAGUAACCCUGCAACUGAAGUUAUUGAAUUAAAACGUGAUUUUUCAUAUGAAACAGUAACUCCAAAAGUUAGUGAAGUCCCUAAACCAAAUGUUCCACAUUAUUGUCAAAAACCAACAGUUAAACCAGAUCGUGUUCAAUUAUUAAAGUUAAACUCAGAAACAAUUUCUCUUAGAUGGAUUGCUCCUUCUGAUUAUCCUGAUUGCCUACCACAAUUUCUUAUUUCUGGUACAUUAGAUGGUGAACCAUAUAAUGAUAUAAUAGAAGCAAAUACGAGAGAACUUCGUAUGCCAUUAUCAAAAGCAUCAGAAUGGACAUUGACAGUGAGUAGUGUAAAUGCCUUAGGACAAGGUCCACGUUCUGAACCUGCACGCUACAUUUCCGAAAAUGUACCUAUUCAAUCUAAAAUCGAAUUAAUAUCACAGCCAGUUAUUACACCAAAAGGUAAUGACCUUCUUAUACAAUGGCAAUCAAAAGGAAAUGGCAGAAAUAUUUAUGGAUACCGUGUUCAGUUUCAAACUCCUGGUAGUGGCUGGACACCUUACGGUCAACUGGUACCAUAUGUUGGUGAUGAUCAGAAAUAUCAACAAGUUUUAUCCGGUCUUCAAUUAGGUAACAGGUAUAAUGUUCAUGUACAAGCUUUAGAUAGAAAUUCAUAUAUUCUUUAUACAUCACCAGAAGUAUCAGAACAAAUAUCAUGUUCAUUACCUACUGAACCACCACAACAUUUUAAUUUGGAUGCUGUUGAUGCUAGGCAUGUUAAAUUAACAUUCCAACCACCAUCAUAUUCUUCAUGGGGAUGUAAUAGUAUUGAUUAUGAAAUUGCUGUUGAUCAACCUCAUGGAAUUAGACCUGUAACAAUUAGUGGAAAACAAACAAGUCAUAUUUUUGAUGCUGAAGCAAAUCAACAAUGGGUAGUAAGAAUUAGAACAGUUAAUUCUGCUGGACAAUCAUCAUGGAGUAACACUGCCACAACUAAAACACCAUCAUUUGGUGAAUUAAUAGAAGGACCUUUUCUAAGUCAGGGACAUGGUUUUCCAAGAUUAUCAUGGAAAGCUACAGAAGGAUCAGAGGGUCUUGUUAAAUAUUAUGAAGUUGAAUAUAGAGAUUUAAAUAAUCCAAAUGCCCAAUGGAAUGUUUUAGAUAGACCUAUUAGUUAUUAUGGUACUCAAAGACCAUAUACUGCCGAUUUACAUUCACUUCCAUCACAACAUCCACAUGUUGUUAGAGUUAAAGCUUUUAAUGAUAGAAGGCAACCAGUAUAUACUUCAGGAACAGUUUCAGUUCAAAAUCAAAAAGUUUGCCAUUCACCAAGAAGACCACCAACAGAUUUUAAAGUUAAUGCUGUUGGACCAACUCAAAUUAGAGUUUCAUGGAUUCCAUUACCACAAAAUGAAUGGGGAUGUGAUACUUUAUGGUAUGUUAUUAAAUAUAAUUCACCAAAUAGUCAAGGAUUUAAAAAUAUAACACGUGGAGAAAAUCAAGUUAUUUUUGAUUCAGAACCUUUUGCUAGAUGGACUUUUGAAAUUCAAUCAGCUAAUCCAGCUGGAGCAUCUCAAUGGAGUAGAGUUGAAAACGUUCAAACUCUUGAUACUGCUCCAGGACCAGUUACAAGUUUAGUUGUUUCACCAUUAUCUUCUAAUGCUAUACAAGUAACAUGGAGACCACCACAAAAUCCUAAUGGUAUUAUUACUUCAUAUGAAAUUACAUAUCAAUUAAUAUCACGAGGAAUGUGUGAUCAAACACCUGAAAGACCAAUAACAGUUAAAUCUGUACAACCAUCAUAUACAAUAUCUGGACUACAUCCACAUUCUAAAUAUCGUAUUGGAGUUGCUGCUGUAACAACAUCUGCUGGAGAACGAGUAACACAAGAUGUUUCAACUGAUAGUUAUACACCAUCUGCACCACCAGCACAUAUUACUAUUACAAAAACAACUGAUACUGGAGUUGAAUUUACAUGGCAAGCACCUCCAUGUUUACAAACUAAUGGUGAUAUUAGUGAAUAUGAAUAUGAAGUAUUACCAUUAGAUCCAAGAUCAACAGAAAGAAGAAUAACUGAUACAACUAGAGGAAAUAGAGCUCAAAUUAAUAUUCUUCAACCAGCAUCACACUAUCGUUUGAAGGUUCGUGCAUACACAUCAAAAGGAGCAGGUCCAUGGUCAAAUGAAGUUCGUUUUACAACAACAGGUACAACAUCAAUAGGACAACCUGAAGUUGUUGGACUUGUUUCAUCUGGAUUAAAUGAAGCACAAGUUAUUUGGCAAAAUCCUGAUGAUAAUAGACAUGAUAAAUUUAGAUGUCGUUACUCACCACAAAAUUCAAAUAGAUAUGAACAAAAAGAAUUUCCAGCUCGUUCACCAUGUGAAGAAGCACUUCUUCGUUCACAACAACUUCCUGCACCACCACCAAGAACAAGAUAUGGUUGUGGUAGAAUUGAUAAUGUAAAACCAGAUCAACAAUAUAAUGUUCAAUUACAAGGGCAUGUACGUGAUGGUGAUUGGCAACCAUGGACACCACCAAAACCACAAAUAAUUACUCCACCUAGACUUGGACCAGUAUCAAUACUUAGUCUUAAUAAAAUAUCAUCAACAACAAAUUCUCUUACCUUUUCAUGGCAAGUUGGUCAAAUGGAUUUAACAAGAUGUACUUCAUUUAGAAUUACUGUUGUUCCAUCAGAUAAUAGAGGUCACCCACAAACAUAUACUGUUGAUAAAGAUACAAAACAAUAUACUGCUUCUGGACUUAAACCAAAUACUCUUUAUAAAGUAACAGUUGAAGCUGUUACUGUUGGUGUUCCAUCAACUUCUAAAACAGUUGAUAUGCAAACAGAUGCUGAAAAAAUGCUUGAAUUACCAUAUAAACCAAUGGUAAUUGAAGAAAAACCAACAACAAUUACAAUAAAAUGGGAUGUUGAUUUUUCUGAUAAAUGUUCAAACUUUGUUAUUGAAUAUCGUCUUGAAAAUAGUGCAUGGCAAGAACAUCCACGUAGAGUACCUUGUGUUAUUGGUAGACGUACAUAUACAUCAACAAUUGAAUCAUUACCAACAAACUCACCAAUUGAUUUUCGUGUAAAAGUUGUUGAUCAACAAACAAGAAUCUCAAAUCCAUCACCAGAAGUAAGAGGUAGAACAAAAUGUUCUCCACCAGAAAUUGCACCACAAGGAGUUAGAGUUGAUGCACCAACAAUGAAUGAUGUUCGUGUAUCAUGGUCUAGACCAGUUAAAUCAACAUGGAAUUGUGAUCAAUUAAGUAUUGAAAUUGGUUAUACAAUGGAAGAUAUGCCUGAAAAAAUUGUACCAGUACCUGGUGAUAAAACUGACUAUACAUUCCCAUCAGAUCCAAAUACUAGAUGGACAAUACGUGUACGACUUUCUAAUCAAAUGGGACCAGGACCAUGGAGUGCACCACAAAGUAUUACAACAAGACAAGGAGCACCUGGAGCUGUUAGAGAUCUUCAAGCAAAACCAAUUAGUCCAAAUGAAGUUAGAAUUAUGUGGAAAAGUCCUACUGUACAAAGAGGAACAAUUGUUGGAUAUGAUAUUAGUUAUAGACUUAAACAUAGACUUGCUUGUCCAGAAGAAGAACCAAGAGAUGUUUCAAGAGAUUUUGUAACAAUUUACAAUCAUAAAGAUUUAACAUAUACACUUACUGGACUUUUACCAUAUUCACUUUAUGAAGUUAAAGUACGAGCAAGAACAACUGAAUUAGGACCAGAAGAAACAAAAGAAGUUUCUACAGAACCACAACCACCAUCUGCUCCACCAUUGGAUCUUCAAUAUACUUAUACAUUACCUCGUUCUGUAUCAUUCCAAUGGGAACCAGUUGAUUGUUCACAAAGACAUGGAAAUAUUAUUAAUUAUGAAUAUGAAAUACUUGGACAAGAUGAUUGGGCAAAACUUGAAAGACAAAUUGCAAAUACAUCUGAUAGUCGUAUUACAAUUGAAGGAUUAACACCAUAUACAAAAUAUGUUAUGCGUGUUAAGGCAUACAAUAAUAUUGGUGGUGGUCCAAAUACAGAAAAUCUUGAUGUAAUGACAGCAAAAGCUGAUGCGCCAUUACCACCACAAGAUUUAGUUGUAACACAUGAAGGAACAGAUUACUUUAUUAUUUCUUGGUUACCACCAUAUCCACCAUAUGGACCACAUGAUAGUUAUAAAAUUAGACAUAAAUUAUUAAAUUCAAAUGAUUGGAAAGAAAUUGAAUUAGAUGUUAAUAAUCCAAAAUUAAAAUGUCCAGCACAUACAGCAAGAUUUUGUUAUAAUGUAACUGGACUUGAUAACGGUCUUCAAUAUAAGGCACAAGUUUCUGCUAGAAUUGAAGGAGGAAUAUAUGGUCCAUGGAGUUCAGCUGUUAUUGCUAAUACUCUUCAAGUUUUACCUGACGCUCCAAGAGCUAUUGAAUUAAUUGAAAAAACUGAUCAUUCAUUACAUAUUAAAUGGGUACCACCAAUUGAUCCACAUGGUUACAUUACACAAUACAAAUUAAACAUUGUUUCAAUGGAUGAUAUUAAUAGUGUACCACAAACUUAUCAUGUUGAUCAUCCUACACUUGACUAUAUCUUUGAACAUCUUAAUCCAGAAACAUAUUAUAAUGUAUCUUUGUCUGCUGGUACUAAACGUGGUUUUGGACCAGAAAUUUGGACUAGAUAUCAAACUGCUCCAUUUAAAAUUCCUAUUGUCUUAGAGGCACCUGUUGUUACAGCAGAAGGACCAAAUUCAUUAAAUGUACAUUGGAAAUCUGUAUCUGAUCCUAAGAAUAAAAUUAGUGGAUACAUUAUUGAAUUUAGAACUUCAGACAAUUCUGUAUGGAAUGAGUAUGGAGAUAUAGUUAAGCAUGAUUCAGUUAAAAGAAAUUAUCACAAAAAACUUGUUGGUCUUGAACCAGAUACAUUAUAUUUAAUUAGAAUUAAAGUUGUUGACAAAAAACAACGUACAUCAAAACCAUCACCUGAAGCACAAGGUAGAACAGGUUGUGAUUCUCCAUUAGCUGCUCCUAUUAAUGUUCAAGCAUCUGCUCCAUCAAAUGUUCAAGUGAAAGUUAGUUGGCAAUCACCACCAAAAGAAUCAUUCAGAUGUGGUGAUAUUAAAUAUCGUAUUGAAUAUUAUAUUGGUAAAGGUAAAAAACAGGAAAUUGAGUUACCAUCAUCAGCUUUGGACAAAUUCUUUGAUUCUCAACCAAAUACAGAAUGGAGAUUUAGAUUACGCUCAGAAAAUGAUGCCGGACAUUCUGAUUGGAGUAAUGAACUUCGAAUUAGAACAUCUGAAGGUGCACCAUCUAGUAUAACUGGAUUAAAAGCUAAAGCACUUGGUCCAGAUUCUAUACAGGUUUCAUGGAAAAAACCAGAUAAUCCAAAUGGUGAAAUCACUGGAUAUACUGUAACAUAUCAACUUAAAUCACUUGGUGAAUGUGGUGAUCAAAAUGCUAAACCAAUUACAGUAAAUACAAUGGAUCCAAAUACAGUUCUUAAAGAUCUUUUACCAGAUGCAACAUAUGAAAUUAAAGUUACAGCUCAUACAUCAUUACCAGGUGAAGAAUCUAAACCUGUUAUUGUUACAACAGAUGAAGCUCCUCCAACAGCAGCACCAGAUGAUUUACAUACUGUUUCUGUUACUGCAACAAGGGCUGAUGUUAUUUGGAAUGAAAUUGAUUGUGAAGAAAGAAAUGGAAAAAUAGUAGAUUAUGAAUAUGAAUUAAUUUCAGUUGAUAUCUGGGGAAAAAAUAAGACAGAUCAUGUCAUGACAAGAAAAGUUUUCUUUGAUGAUUUAGCACCAUAUAAUACAUAUAAAAUUCGUGUUAAAGCCAGAAAUUCUAAAGGUUCAGGUCCAUUCAGUGAUUGGCUUGAAUUUACAACACUUCCAUCAGCUCCAUCAUCACCAGGUGAUUUAAAAGAAGAACAAAGUUUCCCUAAUGCUGUUGAAGUUUCAUUCUUGCCACCAUCACCUCCAAAUGGAAUUAUCGAUGAAUACAAAAUUAGAUAUACUCCAAGUAACAAAUAUAACUUUAAAGAAAUUCGUAUACCAGUCGAUGAUUUAAUAUGUUCUGAUCCUUCUAAAAAAGAUAGACUUUGUUAUCGUUUAUCUGGUCUUGAACCAGAAGAAGAUUAUGAUAUUCAAGUACAAGCACAUGCUGAAGGUGGUGAUUGGGGUGAUUGGAGUGAUACACUUCAAACAAAAACUGAACAACAAAAUAUUCCUGUUUUAGAAAAUGGACUUGAAGUAGAUUUUACCAAACCAACUGCUAUUGGUGUUAAAUGGCAUGGUGUUGAUACUGAUCAAGCUGAACAUGUUGUUGGAUAUGUUGUUGAAUACAAAAGUGAAAAUGAUGAUGAAUGGCAAGAGUAUGGAAAUGUUAUUAGACAUCGUUCACGAGAUAAUAACUAUAAACUUGCUAUUAAAGAAUUGACAGAAGCAACAGAAUAUUUCUUCAGAUUAAGAGUUGUUGGUAAAAAUGAUAAACGAGGAAGUCCUGGACCAGAAACACAUGCUAGAACUAAUUGUGGUAGACCAGAAGAACCACCAAGUGAUUUAAAAAUAACUUCAGAAGAUUUUAAUACAAUUGUUAUUAAUUGGAAAAAUCCUGAUAAAGAAACAUGGAAGUGUGACGAAGUAGAAUUUAUUUUAGAAUAUGUUAACACAACAAAUAGAGGAAGUAUAAAUAUACCAAUGGAUUCAGAAAGUGAAAUUGUAUUAGAUUCACAACCAGGAACUAGAUGGGAUAUAAAAAUGAAAACACAAACUGUUGAAGAAGGUGUUAAACCACAAUACAGUAGAUGGUCAGAAAAAUCAACAAUUGUAACUCAAUCAUUACCAGGAGAAAUAUUUGUUAAUGUUGAACCAAAAUCACCAACAACAGCUGAAGUUGUUUGGGAUCUUCCAGAAAAAGAUCAAACAUGGAAAUAUGGUGUUGACAUUAGUUACAAACUUGUAAAAUUAGGUGGAUGUGAUGUUACAUCAAAAACAUCAACUGAAAAACCAAUAAAAUUAGAAAAUGUUCAAGACAAAAAAAUAUUACUUGACAAUUUGAAACCAGGUAGUGAAUAUGAAAUUAUUGUAACUCCAAGAAAACCUGGACAUCUUUCUAGUAGUGUUAAACCACCUCAAACAAUAAGAAGAUUUAAAACUGAAGCUUCAACACCAUCAAAACCACCAACAAAUCUUCGUGUUGAAUCAAGAGGUGAAAAUGAAUUAGGUUAUAAAUGGGACCCACCAGAGUGUGCUGAUCAAAAUGGUGAAAUAACUCAAUAUGAGUAUGAAAUAACUGGUCGUGAUGAUUGGAAUCAAGGAGUUAAAGAAGGUGUAUCACCUCGUACUAAGACUGUUGUUGGAGAGCUUCAAAGUGGUUCAUUAUAUAGUUUUAGAGUUCGUGCAUUUACAUCAGAAGGUCCUGGACCAUGGUCUGAACCAAUUGAAGCCAGAACAACUGGAAGUGAAUUAGGUGCACCAAGAGAAUUGACAGCUGUAUUAACAAAAUCAACUUCAAUUCAAUUGACAUGGUUACCACCAUAUCCAGAAAAAUCACAAGUUGUUGCAUAUAAAAUAAAAUACUCACCAAGAGCUGAAGAUUCAAAUCCAAUAGAAGUUGAAAUUUCUGGUGAUCAAUUAUCAUGUGAUGGUUUUACAUCUCCACUUCUUACAAAGGAUAAUAUAUGUUCAACAAUAAAUGGAUUGAAACCAUCUACAACAUAUAAAUUUGCUGUUGCUGCUAAAGGACAAUCUGGAAAUUGGGGACCAUGGUCUACUGAUUACUUUUCAACAACAAGAAAAGAUGACAGCGACUUUUUAGGAGGUGCAUUACAAUUAAUUUCAGCUGGUCAUGAUAAUUUAAGAGUUAAAUGGGUUCCACCAAGUGUUAUUGGUGAAAAUAUUAAUAAAUAUGAAUUGUUUAUAUCUGUAGCAUCUGCUUUAGAUCAAAAUCCUAAAAAAAAUGUUGCUGGAGGAAAUCAAAGAGAAUUCCACUUUAAAGGUUUAAAACCAGUAACUGUUUAUAAUGUUACUGUUCAAGGAUUGUCUGAUGAUAAAAAAUUAUGGUUUAUAAGUGGAACAUUCCCAACAACUGAUAUUGGUCAAGGUUUACUUUCAUGGCUUGGACCACCAACAGAUUUAACAUUAAUUGAAAAGAGUGAAGAUAUGAUUCAUGUUACUUGGAAUCCACCUGAGAUUUUCGAUCCAGCUCUUAAAGAUUUACUAACUCAUUAUCGUAUUACAAUAUCACCACUUGAUCCAGAUAAUUUCCAAGCUGGAAAUCCUAAAAAUUAUACUGUUCCUGUUCCAGGAAAUAGUAUUAAAUUUACUGAUCUUAAUCCAGAAACAAUAUAUAAUAUUACUGUUCAAGCUGGAACUAACAGUGGAUAUGGUGAAAUAUUAUGGGGAACAUAUAGUACAUUAAAUUCUGGAAAAACACAUAUACUUAGACUUAAAGAUAGAACACCCACAACAUUAACUGUUGAAUGGGAUCCUGUUUGGGGUACAUCACAUAAAGGAUAUGUUAUUGCAGCUAAAUCACUUGCAUCUGUCUUUUCAUAUGUACGUUUAAAUACCAUAAAAAGUUUUGAAGUUGAUGCUGGUGCAACAUCAUUUGUUAUUCAUGGAUUAGAUCCAUCAACAACAUAUAAUGUAACAUUAAUGUUAAGAGAUCAAAAUGAUGGUGCUUGGGGUGCUUAUAGUACACUUCCACCAGGUUGGUUUGUACCAAGAAAUUUAAAACAUUGUGAUAAAACAAAUUAUGCCAUGUCAUUAAAUUGGGAACCAGUUGAAUUAGAUAAAGCUUCUCAUUACCAAGUUAGAUAUCUUAGAUUAAAUCAACAUGAAGUUGUUUGGAUUGAAGAAAGUGAAAGAAAAAGUUAUGAUCUUCUUUGUCCAAAAGAUGGUUGUGGAAAAUUAUGUUAUUUAGUUUUUAAUUUAAAUCAUGCUCCAUCAGAAUAUGUAUUCCAAGUUAGAGCUAAAGUUAAUGGUGAAUGGAAUCGUUGGAAGACUGCUGGAAGACCAACAACACAAGAAGCUGAAGGACAUAAAACAGGAUGUUGUAUUGUUCCACCACCAUAUUUUGUUGAAAAUAUUGGUCAAGAAGGAACAUACUUUGAAAUUGAUAUUAAUCCUGCUGCUACAGAAAAAAAUGUUACUAGAUAUUAUGUUGUUGUUGAUGAAAGAAAUCCAGCUGGAGAUACUAAUUGGACACAAUUGACAGAUAAAGUUACAGCAAAUAAACAAAGACUUCCAUAUUAUGUUGCAGCAUCAUUUGAUACAAAUACUCUUACAGAACCAACCAAAGUAAAAAUUGGUGAUGGUACUGUAAUUGGUGGAUAUUUAAAUUAUCCAUUGGUGAAAGGAAAAACAUAUAAUUAUGAAAUUUAUACAAAAUGGAUGAUUGAUGAUAAUCCUGUUAUUGCCAGACUUCGGGCAACUCCAUACGUUUCUGCAGGAUGGCCGUGGUGGUGGCUAUUACUUUUAUUACUCCUUCUCCUACUAGCAAUUCUUUUAACUUGUUGCCUCUUUUGGUGUAUCCAAGGACGUUACCGUUCUAAAAGAGCUCGUUCAAUGUAUACAAAUGGUCAAGCUGUACCAUUAUUAACAGAAGAAAAACGUGAUAUUCAUGGAUUAGAAAGUGGAGCAUAUGCUAAAGAAAAGGGAGAUUUUGAAGAGGGAUACGCUCGAGGUUUUAGAGACGCAAAAAGUCUUGGAAGUGCCGAUAAUGCCAGAAGACAUAUGCAUGAAACAUUUGGAGGUCAAAAUGAUCGUUUCCAUGAAGGAUAUGUUAAAGGAUUAAGAGAUGCUGGUUUAAGUGGUAUGUCAACUUCAAUGCAUAAUCUUGCACAAAAAAGACCAGCUGAUGGAAGUUAUUCUCCAGGAUAUAUGCAAGGAUUUAGAGAUGGUAAUUCUGGCAUUUUUGGUGAUCAUAUUACAGAUAGUCUUCUUAGAAGACUAGAAGAGUCUUAUCCUAAAGAUGAUGAAUUCAGAAAAGGGUAUUUGGAUGGAUUCAAAGACGCUGUAAAUGCAAGAUUAGGAUCUAGAACAUUACAAGAUUCACGUCAACUUCAAAAAUCAUUAACAGAAUUGACAGAAAGAUUAGUCUCUCUCGAAAAAACAAAAGGCGAUGAAAUCCAUUCCACAAAAAUCUAUCAUGUCUAUAAUCAAAGAGAUGGAGGAUAUGGAUACUCUUCUUCUGGUGCACAAUUAGCUCAAGAAUUAGAUGAAAUACAAUCGCAAUCAAGAAGAAGUACCCUACGAAGGCAUUAUACUCCAGGAGAUUAUCUUAGAUAUGCUAGUGAUGCAGAAGCUGGUUACAGCAGUUUAUCUCAUCCAAAAAGAUCACUUUCAGCAUCAGCCAUAGGUAGAGAAUCACAACAAGAAACUUCUAGAUCGCGUCAUCUUUCUGGCACGUCUUAUAUUUCACGCGCUAGCGCAUCCGAGCGUCAAACUACUGAUACUUUUACCAGACCUUACAAAUAUAGAAGUCGCUCAGAUAUUGGAUCUCCGAGACGAUACGCUUCUCAAACGUUAUUAAGUGGUGCCCGUCCAGGACCAUCUACACCACAUAGCAAAUUAGAUGCCUUACAUACAUUACAAAAAGAGCUUGAUACAUUGAGCAGAUCUCCUGGUGGAUAUACUAGUGAUACAGGAUAUUCUAAAUCAAGAGGAACUGGACAGGGGUACUCUAAUUAUGAUUACGAAAUGCCAAUGAAAUCAUCAAUACCUACUUCACCAAGUACUGAUUUUGACAAAAUGGAAGCAGAUAGAUUAAGAGAAGAACAAGAAAGUGCAUUGAAAGAAUAUGAAAAAUCAUUACGUGAUCUUUCACAUAGGGCAAAUAAAGCUGAAAUGGAAAAAUUAAAUGCAGAGAGGCAGAUAAAAAAUGAAGCUGAAAGAGCUAAACAAGCUGAAAUAGAAAGACAAAAUGCAGAAAGAAGGGCACGUGAAGAAGCAGAGAGAGCAAGGCAAGCUGAAGAAGCUAGAUUAGAUGCUGAAAGAAGAGCAAAACAAGAAGCUGAACGUGCCAAACUUGCUGCAAUGGAAAAUAAUGCUAAUAAAGAAUGUCUUGAGCAAAAAUUACAAAGAGAAAAAAAAAUGUCUCAGGCUGAAAAAGAUAGAUUAGCUAGAGCUCUCCAAGAUGAAGCAGAUAGAGCAAGGCAAGCUGAACUUGAUAAAGAAAGAUUAGCACGCGCUCUGCAAGAUGAAGCGGAAAGAGCUAGAAAAGCAGAAGAAGAUAGAUUGAAUGCUGAAAGAAUGGCUCAAGAUGGUGGAGCAAGAGCUCGCCAGGCAGAAUUUGAAAAAGAAAGAUUAACAAAAGCACUUCAAGAUGAAGCUGAUAGAGCAAAACAAGCAGAACUUGAAAAAGAAAGAAUGGCAAAAGCAUUAAGAGAUGAAUUAGAAAGGGCAAAAAGAGAUAGUGAAUUAAACCGUGAAGAUUUUAUGCAAAAAAUCGAAAAAGAACGUAGAGAUGCUGAAUUAGAAAAACAAAGAUUAGCAAAAGCUCUCCAGGAUGAAGCUGACCGUGCUCGACAAGCAGAAUAUGAAAAAGAACGAUUAGCUAGAGUUGUUCAAAAUGAAGCAGAGAGAGCAAGAAAAGCUGAACAAGGUAAACUCAGUGCUGAAAGAUUAGUUAAAGAUGGUGGAGACAAAGCACGUCAAGCAGAACUUGAAAAACAAAGAUUACAAAAAGCUCUUCAAGAUGAAGCAGAUCGGGCAAGACAAGCGGAACUUGAAAAACAAAGAUUACAAAAAGCCCUUCAGGAUGAAGCUGAUCGAGCUAGAAAAGCUGAACAAGAUAUGUUGAAUGCCGAAAAAUUAAUUAAAGACGGUGGAAAUAGAGCUCGCCAAGCUGAACUUGAAAAAGAAAGAUUAACCAAGGCUCUUGAAGAAGAGGCUGAAAAAGCACGACAAGCAGAACGUGAAAAAAAAAGAUUGGCAAAAGCUCUUGAAGAUGAAACAGAAAAAGCUAGAAGAGCAGAACAAGAUAAACUUAGUGCUGAAAGAAUGACUAAACAUGGUGAUGAUAAAGCACGUCAAGCAGAAUUAGAAAGACAAAAAUUAGAAAAGGCUCUUCAGGAUGAAGAAGCUCGUGCAAAACAAGCAGAACGUGAAAAAGAAAGAUUAGCACGUGCUCUUCAAGAUGAAGCUGAUCGAGCAAGAAAGGCAGAACAAGAUAGAUUAAACGCUGAAAAAUUAAUUAAAGAUGGUGGAAAUAGAGCUCGCCAAGCUGAACUUGAAAAACAAAAGUUAGAAAAAGCUCUUCAGGAUGAAGAAGCUCGUGCAAGACAAGCAGAACGUGAAAAAGAAAGAUUAGCACGUGCUCUCCAAGAUGAAGCUGAUCGAGCAAGAAAGGCUGAACAAGAUAGAUUAAAUGCCGAAAGACUUAUAAAAGAUGGUGGAGAUAAAGCUCGCCAAGCUGAACUUGAAAAAGAAAGAUUAGCAAAAGCUCUUCAGGACGAAGCUGAUCGAGCAAGACAAGCAGAACGUGAAAAAGAAAGAUUAGCACGUGCUCUCCAAGAUGAAGCUGAUCGAGCAAGAAAAGCUGAACAAGAUAGAUUAAAUGCUGAAAGAAUGUCCAAGUAUGGUGAUGAUAAAGCACGCUUAGCAGAAUUGGAAAAAGAAAGAUUAGCAAAAGCACUUCAAGAUGAGGCUGAUCGUGCUCGACAAGCAGAACGUGAAAAAGAACGUCUUGCUAAAGCUCUUCAAGAAGAGGCUGAUCGAGCCAGAAGAGCUGAACAAGAUAGACUUAAUGCUGAAAGAUUAGCAAAAGAAGGUGAAGAAAGGGCUCUUCAAGCUGAAAUAGAAAAAGAAAGAUUAUCUCGUGCUCUAGAAGAAGAAGCUCAAAAAGUUAAACUAGCACAUGAAGAACGUGCUGUUGCUGAAAGAAUAAUUAUGGAUGACAAAGAAAAAUCUAAUAGAUUAUCACGAAUUGAACUCGAAAAUGAUGCUCUAACUGCCAAAGUUCAUGAAACUGCAAAUGCAUUAAAUGAACUUGUUAAAACUGUUAAUGAUAACACCCUAUCCUCAACCCAAACUGAAAUAUUUUCUCCCCUUCAAAUGUCUACCUCUGUUGCACAAGCUAUCUCUAAAAAAGAGGGAACAGAAGCAGUCAGUCAACAUGUCCAUAGAUAUGCCGCACAAGUUGUUCCCAACAAAGAUUGGCCAAAUGACUUAAUUGAUAUUGUUAAUGAACCUAUGAAUCACACAUUAGAUCGUAUGAAACACUUUAGUACUUCAUUAUCCAAUAUUGAAGGAAACAAAAGUCAAUCUUCACAACAAUUACAACAAGAUGAUGGAGCUACGGAACAUGAAGAAGUUAGAUACCAAAGAACAUACCGUGAAGACUACGCUACCGGCUCAAUGCAACGUUAA